GAUAGGAUACAGCAUAUGAUGGGGAACACAUGUUUAAUAUUUUCUAUUUAUUUACAUAUCUUUACAGUAGUGUUCAGUCAGACGAAACUUAUUGAUCCUCACAAAUGUAAAGAGGAUGCUUGUUGUGCUGGUUACUUUAUGAGAGGCAAUAUUUGCACAGUAUGCCAAAAUGGAACACAUGGUCUAAAUUGCAGUGAAGUUUGCCUAGAUGGUUAUUUUGGAAGACGGUGUCAAUCGAAAUGUGCCCCAUCUUGUGAACUUCCCUGUAAUAAAAGCACAGGGGUGUGUAGCGAAGAAUCUUCAUUAUCAAACAAGCUGAAACACUUCCUGCAGGAGAAUGCCCUGUUUAUCGCCAGUGUUUCGUCGGUGAUCGGUUUCCUUUUAUUGGGUUGCGCUGGGAUUAUGUUUUUUCGCUCUGUGUGCAGGAAAAGUGAACCUGUACAACCAAAAGGAGAAACAACAAGUAGGGGCGCAGUUUCGGGUUCUGCCAGACAAGGCACAUCCAUUCAUCACGGUUCAUAUGAAAACAGUACAGACGGUGAGAGGUCAAACGCGUCCAAACAUGUCAGCGUGAGAACGAACAAAAAUGUUAAACGUUCAGAAGAACCUGACUCAAAGACAAGCGCGUACUUACAAAACAAUGAUCAUGAUGUAGCACUCGAGUCGGCAUCCGGUCAGGGAGGGUCAGUUUCCCACACAGAGAAUCCCAGGCCUAGGUGUCGUUACAGUUUAGCCAAGACAUUCGUAAUGUCCGAAGAGUUUGAUUUUUGUCAAGAAUUUUCAGAUGACAACGACGUCUUUGAUACUGACGUCAAAGUCUAUGAAAAUAGCAUCAAUGUAGAAAAUAGGUUUGACACUGAAAAGCAGAACGAUAACUAUUACCUGUUAAAGUCUGUAUAGAUCUAUCAAUGAUGUGUUAUUUUAAAAGAAAUAUGUAUGUUUAUAAGUUGUUAUAAGAAAUGCUUUCUGACUACUUUCAGUGACACUGUAACAGUUCUAGUUCUUAAAAAGUGUAAAACAAAAAUCGAAAUAAAGACUUGAACAGGUGUUGACGAUAACAAUCCGGUGCGUGGAAAAGGCUUACAACUGACUGGUAACUAUGGCAAGGAAUUACCGCCAUAAUUUUAUACACCCCUCUUCUAUUCUUAAUUCUAACUUAUUGAGCUUAUUAUAUUACAUUUUAAAUCCCAUUGUUACCUUAUUACAUUUCAAUUUUCAUUCCCAAUUGCAAAUUUUAUUUUGCUGCAUAACAUCCUUAAUUCCUUGUCACAUUUAGUUAGACCUUUCGUGGCACACUGAUUCCGUUUACCUGCUCAAGAUAUAGGGCUCACGGCGGGUGUGACCGGUCGACAGGGGAUGCUUACUCCUCCUAGGCACCCGAUCCCACCUCCGGUAUGUCCAGGGGUCCGUGUUUGCCCGACUCUCUAAUUUGUAUUGCUUAUAGAGUUAUGAGAUCGAUCACUAUAUUUCACCUUUCAUAUCGAGCAUUUAGGGGAACCCGUGCCCUAAUGUAGAUAUAGGGGUAUUUAGAGGAACCCGUGCCCUAAUGUAGAUAUAGGGUAAUUAGGGGAACCCGUGCCCUAAUGUAGAUAUAGGGUAUUUAGAGGAACCCGUGCCCUAAUGUAGAUAUAGGGUAUUUAGAGGAACCCGUGCCCUAAUGUAGAUAUAGGGUUGAAAAUCGGAUUUAAGUUGCGUUACACUGAAAGGCUGAGGAUUAAUCUAGACUAUACAUUUUAAAAGUAGCUAAAAUCUACGCCUGCUUAUGGGUAGGCGUAAGUUCUAAGUAUUUUUUUUUCACAUUUGAUUUGCACCUAUUUCUAACACGAACUGCGAGGUGGGAAACGAGUAAGAGUAAGCGGGGACAUCACUGUGUUCCGUCGUAUGUUAAUAUAAGACUAGUUUUAUCUCUAUAGUUGUAACCAAGCUAAAUAUGUCAACUUGUCUAGUAAAACACGCUUCGAAUUCCGUACCCCCAAAAGGUCACUAUUCCACACCCCCAAAUGUGGGGUUGUACACGGUGAUAUUGUUGGUUGAAAAUUGUAAUUCAGUAACCAAAUUCAACAACACUGUCAACAGAUUCAGAUAUGUCUUAAAACAAUGCUAGGCCUCCGUGGCCGAGUGGUUAGAGCAUCGAGCUCAAAAUAACAUGGCCUCUCACCUAUGGUUGACGCGGGUUCGAAUUCCGCUCGCGUCGGUAAGUGAGAAAGUUUCCCAGUUUACUUUCGGAAGGUUGGUGGUCUCUUCCCAGUCACAUUGUAUCUGGGUUCUCUAUUCCAUCAAUAAAAUCUGGGCGCCACUGUAUAACUGAAAAAUAAUUGAGUGCGGCGGAAAACAGCAAAAUCAAUCAAUCAAUCAAUCAAAUCCAACCAAUGUUUACUCUUGUAUUGUGCUGCACAGCCAUCGCAGUAUGGACUUAAGUUACUGCAUUUGUCAUUUGGCGCGCACAUUGUGGGAGGGGAACUUGUAAAGAAAUCCUUUUAGGUAACCAAAAAGCUCAGCUGGUUUAGUAACCUUUUACCAUCAUUAGUUUUUCUUUCAUCCCCCUUCUUUUAGAAUUUACAGUGAUAUACUCAAAACAAUCCCAUGUCACAUCUGGAGAGAGAUCUUCCGACUCCUGUUCCUCGGAGUACAAGUAUAACGUGAGGACACAGCAAUGUUGACAAGCGUGAUCCAGGCAAACUUUUAUUUUUUGUGGUGGUCAUCAUUUGUGAGGCAAAGUGUUCCGGAUACCAUUUCAUACAUAUUUUCUUAACGUUUAGGAUUGGAAGCAUUUCUUUUCCUGCAAGUCACACAGGCUUUGAAAAGGUAUUUCAUCUCCAAUUAAUAACAGGAAGUUACUCUGCCUUCUGCUUCGGCGGAGCGGACACAGUAUGGCUUACCAAUCGGAACUCCUCGAAUGUCUCGCGCACUCGACAUAGAUCUCGGAUGUAAUACGAUGGAUACGAAUUUGAUGCAUUACUAUGACGUCACAAUUGACAAUGCAUCAAAUUCGCUCAUGGAUGCCAUCGUAUUACAUCCGAGAUCUAUGUCGAGUGUGCGAGACAUUCGAGGAGUUCCGAUUGAUGGCUUACUGCCUCAAACAGCCUCUGAUCUACUUUGAUCUGAGGAUAUUCUAGUUUCAAUUGAGUUUUUUUUUCUUCUUCUCUAAAACCUGAACUACAGAUGAAGAAUACUGUUUUGGGCUGAUUCUAACGCACUUUACAUCAUCUUUAUUUUCGGUGGGAUGAGAAUUUUCAGGUGCACACUUAAAGUCACACACGUUUCCUAUUUUCACCAGAGAGCGUCGGAUCUUGCUUUUCUCUUUGUACGGAAUCCGAGUUAAAAAAAUUGAAAUUUGCAAAAGCUUGUCCUUUUGAUAUUCCCCGGACUCUUCAGCAAAAAAUGAUAUCGAUUAUGACUCCUUUACGGAAUUUCCAGAAAUGGAAGCUGUAAGGAAAUCCAUCGGUGUCCGCGCUUUGUCGCAUCUCUACAUUUUAAGAUUUAACGGAUUUUUUAAUGUCACUUAGGACAAAUGACUGAAUUUGGAAAUUUCUUCUGAAGAGGGAACAAAUCAUUGAUAUUGUAUUAUGUACAGUUAUUUUCAUACCACAAUAACUUAUCGAAAUACUGAUUCAAAAUUUGAUUAAAUAGAUCUAAUUCAGAAUUCUCUCAAAUAUCCAAAUACCUGUCGUGGACUAUUUCGCUCAUUUCAUCCCCAUUUUUUUUGUAUUUUGAGCCAGCGUCGACAGCGUAUAGAUAGGGUCACGUUAAAAGUUUAAUGACGUAUAUUAUUUACAUCAUAAUUAUACCCCCCCCCCCCCCUCCCCCGAACGAAGUUCAGGGAGGGGGGGGGGGUAUAUAGGAAUAAUUCUGUCCGUCCGUCUGUCCGUGCAGAUUCGUGUCCGGGCCAUAACUUCUUUGUUCUUUGACUUAGGCAUACCAUAUUUGACACACAGGUGGAUCGCCAUGAGAUGUGUCGAGUACCUUCAUGACCUCUAUAUGACCUUGACAUCAAGGUCAAAAUUAAAGGUUUUUUUUUUUUUUUUUUUUACAAUGCAUUCGUGUCCGGGCCAUAACUUCUUUGUUUUUUGACAUAGGCAUACCAUAUUUGACAUAUACGUGUAUCACCAUGAGACGAUGUGUCGGGUAUCUUCAUGACCUCUAUAUGACCUUGAACUUUUACCUCAAAGUCAAAAUUGAUUACAGGGUUUUCACAGUCAUACCAUAAGACAUGGGUGUAUCACCAUGACACUAUGUGUCAUGUACAUUCAUGACCUCUUUAUGACCUUAGAUCUCAAGGUCAAAAUCAUAGGUUUAUGCCAUGGAUUUGUGUUCAGACUAUAUCUUCCAUUUUCUUCUACAAAGGCAUACCAUAUUUUUACACUGAGGAAAGAGAUAAUUUAUACCAAUUAACAACACCCUUUGGGAGAUUGGGGUAAGGGGGGGGGGGGUAUUCUUAGUGAGCAGUGAUCACAGUACCUCUUGUUUGAAUUUUUCCACAAAAUGUUGUGUUUGUAUUGCUACUUUUAAGUUAUUAACAUUUUCGGUGAGGCGUGUUUGGUAUGAUACGUUAACCCGCCACAUAGCUUCCCUCUCUAAUCUACCUAACCCGCCACAUAGCUUCCCUCUCUAAUAUACCAAGUUUGACAAUCCUAAUCUUACUAUUGUUUUGGCCUACUACACCGUAGUGCCACACAUUAACAAAAGCAAUACGUCACAGUAUAACACCGCCCAUCUACUACACCGUAGUGCCACACAUCAACAGAGGCAAUACGUCACAGUAUAACACCGCCCAUCUACUACACUGUAGUGCCACACAUCAACAGAGGCAAUAUGUCACAGCUUAACACCGCCCAUCUACUACACCGUAGUGCCACACAUUAACAGAGGCAAUACGUCACAGCAUAACACCGCCCCUCUACUACACCGUAGUGCCACACAUCAACAGAGGCAAUACGUCACAGCAUAACACCGCCCAUCUACUACACCGUAGGUGCCACACAUUAACAGAGGCAAUAUGCCACAGCAUAACACCGCCCCUCUGUGACCUUUACUCUUUUCUGUCUAAUGUUAGCAAAUAUUAUUUCCAAAGUCUGUAUUGCACCUUCCCAUCCGAUGAUAACUGCAUUUUCAUGGCUAUUUGUAAGAAGAAACGAAGCAUAGAUUGAUAACAGAUGAAUGGAAGUGGAGAACAUCAGAUUUAGAACUACAUCAUGUUCCAUGGCACACAUCCACGUGUAAACAUACUCCGUUUUCCACAUAGCACAGUGUUCCAGAGCACAACGUGUUCCACCGACAACGUGUUCCACAGAGCACAAAAUGUUAUACAGACGUGUUCCACGGUACACACUUAUUUAUUGGCUAUGAGGACAAUAGCAAGUUUAUUGUCCCCCAAAACAGCAACUAUUUCCCGAGGUGCAGCUGUACAUGUAGUUGCUGUCGAGGGGGACAAUAAACUUGCUAUUGUCCGAAUAGUCAGUAAAUAGGUGUUUUAUUAUACCAAAGUAGACUUUACUUGUGUCAGACAUGCUAAAGUGAAGUAAACUAACAUUCGGCAUUAGAUGGAAUCGACCGAGGUGAUCCGAAUGGUAAACUAAUUUAGAGUUAUCAGACUUUGACGUCACAGAAAAGAAAACGUGGGAAAAUAAUGCAUCUGGUAAAUAGUUUCGAGACUAUUUCCAUAGGGCAGAUAAUUCAGAAACUACUUCAUGGCUAGUGUUUUCCAGAAGACAUAACAAAUUUAUUCACCUAACAUUUACAUAGCAAAAAUAUUCUGAGGUAUAAUAACACAAACUGUUCCACAGAGCACAAAAUGUUCCACAGCAUAAAGUGUUCCACAGAGCACAAAAUGUUCCACAGCAUAAAGUGUUCCACAGACAACAAAGUGUUCCAAGUGUUCUAUUGACAACAAGAUGUUUCACAGAGCACAAAAUGUAACACAGAAUACAAGGAGUUCCACAGCAGUGUUCCACAGAGCACAAUAAUGUUCCAUAGCCCAAAGUGUAACACAGAAUACAAAGUGCUGCACAAAGCACGGUGUUCUAUAGAGCAUAUUAUUAUGCCUCAUAUAAAGAAUCACUAGUAAAACAGAAUCUGAUUGGCCGAGGUCACGUGACCGUCGUGUUUGCCCUGCAACGAAACAUAUUCCACCCCUUCUAAUAUCUUGUUUCACUUUCGUUUCAGUUACAUGAACAAACCCGAAUGCUCCGAAUAACACAGACGUCAACAAACAUGAGCAGCCUCGUGUAUUUUCCAAAAAUUUAAUGUCAAGGUGAUGUCACAAUAAGUCUGAGUCAUUGUACUGUCAUAGUUCGUAAGACACAAAAUAUGCGGGUCUCCGAUACACGAUACACAGUUAAAUUGCUUUAUGUCAGAAAGUUUUCAUGUAAAUGUCAACUUCUUUGGCCCAAUGGUUCUUUUAAAGCUUUUUUCUAUAUUUGUAUGUAAAACUUUGAACCCCCCCCCCCCCCCCCCCCCCACUUGUGGCCCCAUCCUACCUCCCCGGGGACCAUGAUUUGAACAAACUUGAAUCUGCACUAUGUCAGAAAGUUUUCUUGUAAAUAUCAGCUUUUCUGACUCAGUGGUUAUUGAGAAAAAGAUUUUAACUAUAUAUUUGUAUGUAAAACUUUGAUCCCCCUUGUGGCCCCAUCCUACCCCCGGAGCCCAUGAUUUGAAGAAACUUGAAUCUGCACUAUGUCAGAAAGUUUUCAUGUAAAAAUCAGCUUUUCUGGCUUAGUGGUUCUUGAGAAGAUUUUUCCUAUAUAUUUGUAUGUAAAACUUUGAUCCCCUAUUGUGGCCCCAUCCAACCCCAGGGGCCCAUGAUUUGAACAAACUUGAAUCUGCAUUAUGUCAGGAAGCUUUCAUGUAAAUCUCAGCUUUUUUGGCUUAGUGGUUCUUGAGAAGAAGAUUUUUAAAGAUUUUUCCUAUAUAUUUGUAUGUAAAACUUUGAUCCCCUAUUGUGGCCCCAUCCAACCCCAGGGGCCCAUGAUUUGAACAAACUUGAAUCUGCAUUAUGUCAGGAAGCUUUCAUGUAAAUCUCAGCUUUUCUGGCUUAGUGGUUCUUGAGAAGAUUUUUAAAGAUUUUCCCUAUAUAUUUGUAUGUAAAACUUUGAUCCCCCCCUUGUGGCCCCAUCUUAUCCCCGGGGGCCAUGAUUUGAACAAAUUUGAAUCUGCACUAUGUCAGAAAGUUUUCAUGUAAAUCUAAGCUUUUCUGGCUUAGUGGUUCUUGAGAAGAAGAUUUUUAAACUUUUUUCCUAUAUAUUUGUGUGUAAAACUUUGAUCCCCCCCUUGGGGCCCCAUCCUAUCCCCGGGGGCCAUGAUUUGAACAAACUUGAAUCUGCACUAUGUCAGGAAGUUUUCAUGUAAAAAUCAGCUUUUCUGACUCAGUGGUUCUUGAGAAGAAGAUUUUUAAAGAUUUUUCCUAUAUAUUUGUAUGUAAAACUUUGAUCCCUUAUUAUGGCCCCAUCCAACCCCCGGGGCCCAUGAUUUGAACAAACUUGAAUCUGCAUUAUGUCAGGAAGCUUUCAUGUAAAUCUCAGCUUUUCUGGCUUAGUGGUUCUUGAGAAGAAGAUUUUUAAAGUUUUUCCCUAUAUAUUUGUGUGUAAAACUUUGAUCCCCCCUUGGGGCCCCAUCUUAUCCCCGGGGGCCAUGAUUUGAACAAACUUGAAUCUGCAUUAUGUCAGGAAGCUUUCAUGUAAAUCUCAGCUUUUCUGGCUUAGUGGUUCUUGAGAAGAUUUUUAAAGAUUUUCCCUAUAUAUUUGUAUGUAAAACUUUGAUCCCCCCCUUGUGGCCCCAUCUUAUCCCCGGGGGCCAUGAUUUGAACAAAUUUGAAUCUGCACUAUGUCAGAAAGUUUUCAUGUAAAUCUAAGCUUUUCUGGCUUAGUGGUUCUUGAGAAGAAGAUUUUUAAACUUUUUUCCUAUAUAUUUGUGUGUAAAACUUUGAUCCCCCCCCUUGGGGCCCCAUCCUAUCCCCGGGGGCCAUGAUUUGAACAAACUUGAAUCUGCACUAUGUCAGGAAGUUUUCAUGUAAAAAUCAGCUUUUCUGACUCAGUGGUUCUUGAGAAGAAGAUUUUUAAAGAUUUUUCCUAUAUAUUUGUAUGUAAAACUUUGAUCCCCUAUUGUGGCCCCAUCCAACCCCAGGGGCCCAUGAUUUGAACAAACUUGAAUCUGCAUUAUGUCAGGAAGCUUCCAUGUAAAUCUCAGCUUUUCUGGCUUAGUGGUUCUUGAGAAGAAAAUUUUUAAAGUUUUUCCCUAUAUAUUUGUGUGUAAAACUUUGAUCCCCCCCUUGGGGCCCCAUCUUAUCCCCGGGGGCCAUGAUUUGAACAAACUUGAAUCUGCACUAUGUCAGAAAGUUUUCAUGUAAAAAUCAGCUUUUCUGGCUUAGUGGUUCUUGAGAAGAAGAUUUUUAAAGAUUUUUCCUAUAUAUUUGUAUGUAAAACUUUGAUCCCCUAUUGUGGCCCCAUCCAACCCCAGGGGCCCAUGAUUUGAACAAACUUGAAUCUGCAUUAUGUCAGGAAGCUUCCAUGUAAAUCUCAGCUUUUCUGGCUUAGUGGUUCUUGAGAAGAAAAUUUUUAAAGUUUUUCCCUAUAUAUUUGUAUGUAAAACUUUGAUCCCCCCUUGUGGCCCCAUCCUACCACCGGGGGCCAUGAUUUGAACAAACUUGAAUCUGCAAUAUGUCAGGAAGAUUUCAGGUAAAUUUCAGCUCUUCUGGCCCAGUGGUUCUUGAGAAGAAAAUUUUUAAAUGACCCCACCCUAUUUUUGCAUUUUUGUGAUUAUCUCCCCUUUGAAAGGGACAUGGCCCUUCAUUUGAACAAACUUGAAAGCCCUUCACCCAAGGAUGCUUUUGGCCAAGUUAGGUUGAAAUUGGCCCAGUGGUUCUGGAGAAGAAGUCGAAAAUGUGAAAAGUUUACAGACAGAUGGACAGACGGACAGACAGACGGACGCCGGACAAAAUGUAAUCAGAAUAGCUCACUUGAACCUUCGGUUCAGGUGAGCUAAAAAUUGAAUCAAAUCUGUACAUUGAUUUUUAAAAUACAUCUAUACUCAGGAAACUAACAAUACCCACUCAAAAUGGUAGAAAAAUAUCUAUAACUUCCUUGAAUAUGAAUUAAAAGGACUGGUUCAAGCUAAGAUACACAGUCUUUAGUUUUCACAGUUUUUCACAGAAUCUAACCUACACGAAUGACUGAAAGGAUAGAAACUAGUCCUGUAUUUUUUUUAUGUAUACAAACAAACCAGUGAAAUGUUAAUUUUGUAAUUUAAAGCAUCUUAAUUUUGCAUAGUCCCAGAUUUUAACUUUUAGAUGACACAUUUUACCCAAAGAAUGCUUGAGAUGUGAUAGAUAUACUAAACUUAUCCAUUUCUUUUGAAAUUUCAUAAACAAUAACAUGCUGCAAUCUUUGUUUACAAAAAAAGAAGAAAAAAACAAACAAAAAACAAGAGAUGCAGUAUCAUCAAUUCAAAAUAUUGAGCAGACAAUAUCGUCCUAUGUCAAGAGUGAAUUGACCAUGUGACCUAAAAAUCAUUAGGGGUCAUCUACUCCUUAGACUGUACCAGUGUACCAAGAUUGGUCUCAAUCAAGCAAAUAAUUCUUAAAAUAUAGGAUACAAUAUAUUACUAUGUCCAGUUCAACUAUUGACUUUUGACCUCAAAAUCAAUAUGAGUUAUCUUCUCCUGAAGAUGUACCAGCGUACUAAGUUUGAUGUCUGUCAAGCAAAAGGGUUAUCAAGAUAUUGAGUGGAUAGUGUAUUAUAUGUCCAGUUUGACCCUUGACCUUUGACCAUGUGACCUCAAAAUCAAUAGGAGUCAUCUUCUCCUGAAUAUACACCAGUGUACUAAGUUUGAUGUCUGUCAAGCAAAGGGUUCUCAAGAUAUUGAGUGGACAGUAUAUUCCAAUGUCCAGUAUGUGACCUCAAAAUCAAUAGGGUUCAUCUUCUCCUGAGGAUGUACCAGUGUACCAAGUUUCAUGUCUGUCAAGCAAAGGGUUCUCAAGAUAUUGAACAGACAGUAUAUUCCUAUGUCUAGUUUGACCCUUGAUCUUUGAUCAUGUGACAUCAAAAUCAAUAGGGGUCAUCUUCUCCUGAAGAAGUACCAGUGUACCAAGUUUGAUGUCUGUCAAGCAAAAGGUUUUCAAGAUACUGAGCGACAGUAUAUUCAAAUGUCCAGUUUGACCCUUGACCUUUAAACAUGUGACCUCAAAAUCAUAAGAGGUCAUUUUCUCCUGAAGAUGUACCAGUGUACCAAGUUUGAAGUAUGUCAAGCAAAGGGUUCUCAAGAUAUUGAAUGGACAGUAUAUUCCUAUGUCCAGUGCGACCCUUGACCUUUGACCAUGUGACCUCAAAAUCAAUAGGGGUCAUCUUCUCCUGAAGAUAUACCAGUGUACUACGUUUGAUGUCUGUCAAGCAAAGGGUUCUCAAGAUAUUGAACGGACAGUAUAUUACUAUGACCAUUUUGACCCUUGACCUUUGACCAUGACCUCAAAAUCAAUAGGGGUUAUCUUCUCCUGAAGACGUACCAGUGUACCAAGUUUGAUGUUUGUCAAUCAAAGGGUUCUCUAGACAUUGAAUAGUCAGUAUAUUCCUAUGCCCAGUUUGACCCGUGACCAUAUGACCUCAAAAUCAAUAGGGGUCAUCUACUCCUUAGGAUGUACCAGUGUGCCAAGUUUGAUGUCUUUCAAGCAAAGGGUUCUUAAGAUAUUGAGCGGACAUUAUAUUCCUAUGUCAAGAGUAGAUUGACCCUUGACCUUUAGACCUGAAAAACAAUACGGGUUCUCUUUUCCUCAUAACCAACCCACAUAUGAAAUAUCAUUAUCAUGAAGUGAAUGGUUCUCAAGAUAUUGAGUGGACAAAAUGUGGUCUACUGACCAACCGACCCAGGUGCAAACCAAUAUGCCCCGUUUCUUUGAAGGGGGGCAUAAUAAGAUACUCUUUAAAAUGAGCUUCUGUGAUAAUGUAUAAUCUUAAUUUUUUGGUGAAAUCUUUUAAACAUAUUUGACUGUAUAGUUUGAUCAUUAGAAGUGAAAAACAAAAUUUUGGGGAAAAGCAUGGAUCAGUCCCUUUUAAAUUACUCAAUCAAACUAGCAGUGCAGAACUUCAUACAUUAUUCAUUUAAGAGAUAAACAUUAAGUUUUAAUGAAAUCUGUUCCCUGGCAUUAAAGAUAUCCUCUGGAAAAAUUAUAUUUAUGGAGAAAUGGACAGACGGAUGGACAAGGUGAUUCCAGUAUACCCCCCUCCCAAACUUCAUUUGGGCUGGGGAGGGGGUUAGGGGGUUAAAAAAAUCGUCAUUAUAUGAGAAGGCUUUCAUCCAAGUUGAGAAGACUUUAUAAAGACCCCUUCCUAUACAUGUGUAUAUCCAGGGUACUACGGGGGCCAGUUCAGUCGCAGAUCUAAUGCUUCAGUGCCUCUUGAGAAAAGAAGAAAACACUUCAAUUCACUGACAUAAAAA